AUGGCUGAUAACGAACGCCGGAACUCGAACUACCGGGGUGGUGGCCAGCGCAAGCGCCGCUACCGAGACGACGAGGACUACGAUCGCCGCCCUCAGCGACGUAGAUAUGAGGAGCCUCUAUUUGUGCUGGUCCGCCGCCAGCUUCUGACGCUUGCCGAAUCGGCUGCAAGACGAGUGGAAGAUGAUAUCAUUGGAAUCGCAAAGACCGUGUCCGAGAAUUAUGAAGAUGAAGAACUGCGGGACACAUUCAUCAACAUCUCCCUUGACCUUGUUCUCGAACAGCCGAUGAAGAUCCCCUUCGUCGCCGCGACGUCUUUGGCUGCGUAUAAUCUCAAACCGGAGCUUGGAUCGGAAAUGCUGAGCAAGGCCAGCAAUGCUCUGCAGAAGUACAUCGACUCGGGUUCAUGGCGUGAGGUCAAGCUUCUCAUUCGCUUUCUCGGUGGGCUGCAAGCCGUAUUUGAGGGCGAUGGCAUUUUCCCGCUUCUGGAGGAGCUGUUCGCCCGUGCGGUCGACCUUCAAACCACGUCUUCAGAAGAUUUGCUCGGACUUGAGCUUGUCAAGAUCAUUUUGUUCACGAUCCCCUACGUGAUGUCCUCUCCUGCUGCAGGCUUCGAGUCCCAAGCAAAUGCCUUGCUCGAGAAGACGGAUAUCAUUGCCUCCACUCCUCACACCCUAGUUGAUCUGGUGAACACUUUCAGCCCCGAGGAGAACAAGGAAGCUUCAGGUCCUAGUGUGAUUAGCUUGCUACAAGGGCAGCUUCAGGCCGAAGCUAGCAAGGGUUGGGAGUUGAAGUGUCUUCCACGCCCAUGGAAGGACGUUCAAGACCGAGAACCCGAAGAGCAGAAGCCUUUCGAUGUCGUGGCCAAGGUUCCCUUCCCGCAAAUCACCGUCCCUAACCCUGUCCCAAAUGGCCCCCGAACUCUCUUCCCAGAGGUGUAUAUUUCCGUUUUCGCUGACCAGGAGGUGGAUACUGUGCCUCCAACAUCAGACAUUUCUUGUUCCCUCUUGAGAGAGGCAUUGGUCGACACUAUCAACCUGCUUGACUUCAACCGUGUCGCCACGGCCAAGUACCUGAUUGAUGUGGACAACUGGUACACCCCUGGCACCUUCGUUAAGCGCGCAACGCCAUUUGACCGCAUGCGCGAAAUGGCUGGUGAGUUGCAGGCGUGGAAGCCAGAAGAUGUGGCCGUGGAUGCUGUCUUUUCCCAGUUAUAUCAGCUGCCAACACCGGAGCACAAGCUUGUGUAUUUCCAUUCUCUCUUGACCGAAUGCUGCAAAAUCGCUCCUGCGGCCAUCGCUCCUAGCUUGGGCCGUGCCAUCAGAUUCUUGUACAACAACCUGGAAACUAUGGACCUGGAGCUCAGCAAUCGGUUCUUGGAUUGGUUCGCGCACCAUUUAAGCAACUUUGGCUUCACUUGGAAAUGGAGCGAGUGGGUAGAUGAUCUUGAACUUCCUGCAAUCCAUCCCAAGAUGGCAUUCAUCAACGGCGCCCUGGAUAAAGAGAUUCGUCUCAGCUUUGCGCAGCGCAUCAGGGGAACCCUUCCCGAGCCCUAUAUCCCUUUGAUUACGGAGGGCAAGGAGAAGGACACUCCAGACUUCAAAUAUUCCUCAGAGACAACCCCAUAUUCUAAGGAAGGACAAGAGAUUAUGCAGCUGAUCAGGAAAAAGGCCACGGACGAGGAGAUCCAGCCGUUCAUCGCAGCUAUCGAAGAGCAGGCCCAAAGCAGGGGAGUGGAAGAUCCCAAGGUCCCCUCGACCGACGCUCUUAUGACAGCGAUCUGCUACGUUGGAUCCAAAUCGCUCUCGCAUGUCCUGUCCUGCAUUGAGCGUAACAAGGACCGCUUGCUGGCGAUUGGGUCGUCCUCCACGCAAGCUCGUUGCCAGAUUAUCACUUCCGUCAUGGAGUACUGGGCGGACCAACCCGGUAUUGCCAUCAAUAUCAUUGACAAGUUGCUGAACUACACUAUUAUCAGCCCCCUCUCAGUCCUCGAGUGGGCUCUUACUGAGAACAUGGCUGCCGGUACCAUUCUCGCCAAGUCCCAUAUUUUCGAAAUGAUAUCGGCUACCGUGGGCAAGGUUACCAACCGCAUGCGCCAGAUUGUCGCAGCCCGAACGCAGCCGGGCCUGUAUGAACCCCAGCUGAGUGUCCUGGAUGAGACUCUUGCUCGCGAGCGGGCCGACAUGCAGGCGCUAUUCAAAUAUAUUGAGGAUUCCAUCGUCUCCGUCGCGGCUGGCAGCAACGACGAAAUGAUGGAGCGUGGCGACGGCAGCGGCGAUCUUCCGGAAGAUGCCAUUAUCCGCCAAUGGGGCCGUCGUUGGCUCCGAGUAUUCCGAAGAAAGUCGGCUGUUGAGGAGGCCUUUAUCACCGAAGCCCUUCUGAGUGCUACCCCCGUGGGAACGAAUGCGCCAGUCCAGACUGAGAAUGGCGACGAAGACAUGAAGAUUGCGGAUGCCGAUGACGAAUAA